UGAAGAGCCUCCUGAGUGAUCAUCGAUCACCAUGGCAACGAUAAACAGGGAUAGUCUCCUUCAAGACUCCACCGAUGUAUUCCUACCGUCCGUCCUCCACCGCCAUGGGGGCCACUGAGGUUAUAAGACCGUCCUCAGGUACCCAACCCCAGGGCCACCGGGCGAGAGUGUCUGGUUCAAGCCCCCUGUCCAGUGCAGGAUCGACCGGCUCCCACCGCAACAAGAAGCUGCUGAAGUCCUACCACGACUUCACCAUGCAGAUCUUCAGCUCCGGACAGGGAGCGGGGGAGAAUGAUAACCUGUUCGUGGCAGCUGUACGGAGUGGAGAUUACGAGAGGGUAGAGAAUAUACUGCAAAGGAGAAGCCAUGAGGUCGUCAACGUCGAUGCUCGAGACCGGGAAACAGGGAACACCGCCCUCAUGUGGGCAGUCAUCAAAGGUCACAUCAAGUUGAUCAGGCUCCUCCUCAAGUACGGGGCGGACGUGACGCUGCGCAACGCUGCCACGGCGUGCGUCCUGGACCUGACAGAGGAUCGUCAGAUCCGGAAGCUCCUCCUGGAGUCCGUCCUGAGGAAGGGGGUGUCUCCUAGGCAUCUCCUGCAAGCAGCCUGGCAAGGGAACGCACAGGUCGUCAGGCAACUCUUGAAUGAAAGUAAAAUUUUGGACAUCAAUUGCAGGAAUUCCGAUGGAUUCACACCGCUAUUAUUGGUUACUAGAGACGUAGAUUUAUUUGAAUCAAUUGGAUCAGCCCUCGAGUCCUACGACCCUCUCGCCGUCAUUGAAGAACUCCUUCGCCACCGAGCAGACCCCAUCGCCACCGACCGAGAGAGCCACACCGCCUUGCAUUACGUCUCUUCUGGCAGCUCACAACUCACCGACGAACUAGCCAUCAGGCUCAUGGCCAUUCCUUCCCUGGCCAACUCCUGCGAUGGACGAUCCGUUGCGCCGAUCCACGUUGCCUCGAAGAGCGGGAGUGUUGAUGUCGUGGUAGCGCUUCUAGACCAUGGGGUUGAUGUCAAUACAAGAGGCUAUGCUGGGUCAACGCCGCUUCAUGUUUCGGCUCAAGCUGGUCAAACUCAGGUCGCUAACACCUUGCUAAACCACGGCGCUGAUAUCACUAUUGUGGAUGACAGCGGUAACACGGCUGUAGAUGUAGCUAAGACAAAGAGGAUGAAAUCUGUUUUAAGAGAUGCAUGGAUGGACGUAACCGACAACAAACAAGCUGAGGUGCUGAGUCCCGUCAAGCCACCGUCUCGUCUGGAAGAUCGUAGUCCUAGACAGACUCGAGUUCAUAGUCUUACGUCAACCUCGCCACCCACUGAGGGACAUGGAAAUCGCAUGAUGCAGAAGUUUUCUGAGGCUCAUAGAGCACUACAGGAAGAGGAACAACUUCUGAAGGACGUAGAAGCUGGUCGUUAUACGCCUGGACUUCACACAAAAACGCUGAAUCUCCUUAGGACCCCUUCCCGCAACUCGCCCCUCCUAACCACCACCAACCGAGCCCCUGCCCCUCCCAAGACGCCCCGGGUCCUGGACCCUCUCUCAAGCCCCGCCUCCAAGACCAAAUCCUCUGAAGGUCAAGGGUCGAAGAAGCCACGAAGGUCACUGACCUUCUCUGGUCGGGUCAACAGUACAUCCAAGGAACAGAGGUCAAGAGGUCACAACAAGGUCAGCAAGACAAGAUCAGAUCCGACAAGUCUUCAGGUCAGUGGAGACGGAUCCCAAGUACCUGUUACUGUAGUAGGCCUGGACCUAGAUGACAAUCUAAGGGAUGUCAGGUUUCAGCGCAUAAUGCCCUCCGGUGCCAAACAACUCGAUCGACACGCCUCAACCCAGAGCGACACAUCCCUCCACAAACAUAGAGGGGGAUCUACCCUCCAUCGUUUAUCAGAUCCAAGCCUAACUGAUGUAGCCAAGGCCUACCAUACAUUCUGCAAUAAGGAUUUAUCAACCAGCCCGGCAUUGGCUCAUGUUCCGCCGAUACGCACGUCGCAACUCUUGAAUCUUGAACAAAUGCAUUUGCGGCUGACCUCGCCGAGCCCGAACCCUGAGGCGUCAAGUCUGUACCCAAACUCUCGCAGUGUUCUUCCACACUCGCCAGGGAACUUUGGUGACAAUCGCCACCUACAGGAAACCAUCUUUGAGUUUGAGGAUGAGGAAGGUGGUGAUGGUGAUGAUAAGAAUGAGAUGCCAACAAUGAGGCUGAACUUGGAAGAAGUCGUCGACGAGGAGAGCAGAGGUCAUCAAGGUUCGCUCCAGAAUCGCACCGUCAUGUUCAACAUCGAAGCUAGUCGUGUCAACCCCCUCAAAGAUAGUUCUGAUUCGGGUCAGGGAUCAUCCAGGUCGACGGUUAGCCACACCUCCUCUGCUGCGAGCCUUGUCAUGUCAAGCCCAAGUCCGCAGCUUGAAGUCGACCGCAAGGAAGCUGCAAAGAAUCGCUUGGGAAUCAAGAUGACGCCAUCUGCCACCAAGGUUCCAGAUGAGAGAAUUGCACUUUUUCAAAGAGCACAGAUGAAACUUCCAAGCCUUGGUCGGGCCUCGCCUGCCGUCAAACAGUCUCAAGGACAAAAGACAAAACGACAGACAAGUGAAGAGUGCCUUUCGGUGUUGUCCGUGUCCUCUAUAAAUGCUGUCAUGUCUCCAGAUGUUGGAGAUGCCAAAGAUACAGCAAAUGAAGACAUCCAGAGCAAAUCCUUAGCGAUUGGUAAUGAUCUCAAUCGUCAGUUGCAGGGUCAACAGAAUAGUUUAAAUCGGCAGGGUGGGAAACGAAAGAUAUCUCUUGAGGACAAUGCCAUGUUGCUUGAAACAAGAAAGCGAUCACUAUCUUCCACCAGUGAAUCAAAGACACUUACUCCAGCUGCUUCUAGUCAGUCCAGCCGUCCCUCGCCUCUGUCAGGUGGCAGUGGGACAGCAAUGGUAAAAAAGGCUGACGAGCGAUUAUCUAUCGACAGUAUGGCUGAUAACGCGUCAAAGAAAAACACUGCCCUUGUGACACCAUUAUGUGCCACCAAAGGUACAGCGACCCCUGCUUGCCCUUCCACCAAACGUUUGCCCCAUCAGAAAACAGCACAAAUCUUUUCUUGUAAGAAUGCACAACCUUCAGCGAACACUGCAAAGAAAAUGGCUGAUAAGAACCCAAAGACUGAAUCUUCCGUACCUGGGACACAAAAUGGUACCAAGGGAGAGAAGAAAUCAACGCUUGUCAGUGCCUCCAAACCGGUUGUUCGGACAUUAGAAGUCUUGCCCGUUGCCAAAGUAGAUAGCAAAUCAUCUGGAAAGUUAUCUGAAAAGGACACCAACAAAGGUGAUGAUCAGGGAAGCUCAAAGCUUGAUAAAUCUGUUGUGAAAACAGAAGUGAAAACGCCGAAGGAAAAAUCAAUUACAAGCAGUGAUACUGUCAAGCCAGACAAAACAGGGAAGUCAGAAAGUAAAGCAGUGAUCAACAGCAAGGGAAAGACUGGACAUGUUUCAAGUAGUAUGAAAAGUAGUAUGAAAAAGGAGGACCGUAGAUCUGAUCUUGUGAAGCCAGCCUCAGAUCUUGCUAACAAAAAAGCAUGUAAUAAGACAGAUAAAAAGACUGUUACUUCAAAAUCACAGAGAGAACUUGGUGGAGGGCCUGAAGGGAAAAGUGCAAUAAGUGUAAAGAAGGGUGCUGCAGCUCCAACUAACAAAGCCGCAUGUAAAACGAAAAAUGACCAGGGUAAAGUGAAAACGGGGAAAAAAGAAGAAGCUGAAAAGAAGUUGAUCACUUGGAGAAUAUCAUGUGAUGAUGAUGAUGAUUCAUCAGAAUCAGACUUUGAUAAUGAGCAACAGCGAUUUGUUGAAGAAGACAUUCUUGUUCCAGGGAGAGAUCGGAAAGAGCAGAAGGUCUUACGGAAAGGAAGUACAGUUCCUCCAUGCACAAAGACAGACGACUUUGAGGACCUUGCAGAAAGUAGCGAUGCUGAGGAUGUUUUUGAGGAAGUGAUCUUCAGUGAUGAAGAGGACACACCUACAGACAUCGGUAAAGCUAAGACAAAGCUUAUCAAGGACCCAUCUAAGAUAUCCUCAAAGCACCAAAAGCCACCUACAUCACAGGGAUCCAAGGCAGUUCAAAAGUCCACAGUUAAACCUCCAGUAGCAACAAAGAAACCAACACCUGGUACCCAACAGCAGAAGAGUGUUGUCAAGGAAUCGGCUAAGGCAAAAGGAACCUUUGUAAAAAAGCCCCUGAAAACAGAAACGCAGAAUGAGACAGUCAAAGGCAAGGUAGCCGUCAAAGGUAUGUCUGUGACGAAGACACUGUCAAAGCAACCUAGUCCAACUGAUAAUACAAAUACCCGCAAGGCUGCUGAGAAAAGCAUCUUGAGUGUUUCACAUCAGAAGCCUUUGAACACUUCAACCAGCAGCAAAGUCGAGAAAGAGAUUAACAAGGAAAAGCAGCCUCCGGAGAAAAACAGCUCAAAUGCUUUGAAGCAAAAGCCUUCCGAGGUUGUGAAAGAUGGUAGAAGUGAUGUUAAAGGAGUGGACAGCAAAGAAAAGACGGUACUUAAAACCGUACAGCAAAAGACAAAUGUGAAGAAUGCUGCGUCACCGGCGAAAGUUCAGAACAGUUCUGUAAGUUCAAAAGUAGAAAACAAGCAAGAUGCUCCACAGGUGAAGUCUAGUGUUGCAAUAGAUAGCAGUAAGGAAGACCUGAAGGUCUCUGAGAGACUUGAAGGUGAAGCAAUUGAAUUUAAAGGUGUUGCUUCAACAGAAACAGGUGAAAGUUUAGAGGUCAAUCCUGCCGGUCAGAAUUACAUUGACCCUGCUGUAAAGGUCAUAACAUCAGAACAAGGUGAUGACAUUCAUCUGAACCCAAUCAGUCCAAAAGAACCAAAACCUGGGAAUAAUUCCUUCAGGAAAGGGAAGUACAAGUCUCCAAACACCUCGCCUCGUGAUUUUCCUGCUUCAGAGGCCGCAGUGCCGGAAAAGAAGCCUGUCCGUGACCCAAUGGCUGCCAAACAGUCCCCGGUGAUCAUGGAUAUAGUGGAGAUGUUUAAGUCGGCCAGUUCUGGAACAUCCCCCGAUGUCAAACUUGAGGUCUUGGGAAAGAUCAAGGAUCGUGUUGCUAGUGUAAAGGGUCCUGUGAAGAAGCUGGUGAAGAAUGUUCCAAAGAAGGUCUCGGCUACUGUGCAAGCAAAAGGAAAUAAGGGAAAGAGCAAGGACCGAAUUGGCAGUGGUGGGAAGAGUAAAGGAAGAGUUGGAAGUGGAGGAAGUAGGAGCGGUGAUGGGUCAAAGGUUAUGAAAAAGACCAAGAAAUCAAAUGGAAGGACAAAGUCAAAGAAGAAGAUGAAGGAAGUGAAUUACAGCCUGUUGCCAGAUUCAGAGCAAAACAACACUGCCUUCAUCACAGGUCAGGGCUGGAGCAUCAAGACCUCAAGGAAUGAGAACGAUGAUGUUAUCCUCCAGGAGAAUAAUCAGGACGAUUCCUCAGACGAUGAUGUGGGAAAUCUCGAGCUUCCUAACCUUGGUGAAUCGCAGCUCAGUCCGCACAACUCCCUGAAAUUGGAUGAGUUGGUCGUGAUGAGGUCAAUAUCUCUGGAAGAAAAGAAGAAUUUGGUGAACAUCUUGAGCCCGCUUGAGAUGAAUGCUCCUUACUUUAUUCCAGACACCAUGGGCACAAUCAAGGAGUUUGUCGACUCUCUCAAAAGUGAUUCUUCAGAGAUCAGUGCGGUGAAAGCUGCGGUGAGGGACAAUCAUUCCGAUUCUCAAACUCAAGGCAAUGUGACUGAAAAUGUAGAUCCAAGAGAAGAAAGGUCUAUGGCUCAUGCGGAGACAGAUUCGACUAAUCUUGAUCACGGAACGAAUACUGAUACUAAGAAGAGCCCUCCAGUUCCAGAUGUAAGGGUUAGGAAAAGCAGCACCCAUUCCCAGAUGGAUAAUGCCAUACAUAAUCCUGAACAUGACAGUGGACACCUUGGUCUUACUGGAGAGCUGUCAAAUUACGAUACCAACCCUGAACUCCUCAAGGUUUUCCACAUCAAGGAUCACUAUGAGACGGUGUCUUCUCAAGGGUCACGUCGAACUUCCAUCGCUUCAGACGAGGAAGCAGUGCGGGAACAUCUAAGUUUGAUUCUGAACAAACCGGACAGCGGGAGUGAUGCGAAUGAAGACCAAGGUGGUAGCAACAUGAGAGGACAGUCUGGUGAAGAUUCACCAGGACAAAGAAGAGAGCCGAAGGGUAAUGUCCUCAAGAAGAAGCCACCCUUACCAAAACUACUCCAUCAGCAUCAGAUCCAGUCUUCCAGACGGCCCAGCCCAAGGCGAGCCAGUGAACCAAACUUACCACCUCCUGAUGCUGACAGUACCUCCUUUUCUGUAACUCCCAUCAAGAAACUUGAACAGAAGAGAGAAGAGAACAAGUCUCAAGUUUCAACAAUAAAGAACAGUCUUCCAGAUAAGAAGUUCAGCCCUCCGUCUUCUUCCACGAAGAAACAGCGUGGCAAAUCCCUCGGAGACGUGCCUUCAGAUGCCUCGAGCAAAGAUCAUGGUCCGAGUUCAAGUACCACCAGCCUUCCCAUCAAGUCCUCGAUCAUUGAGGAAGAUGGUCACCAAGAUUCUGCUGAUGAAGAUUGGGUCGAGGAGGAAGAGCCUCUUGCCAGACACGUCCAGACGCUGACGGAGAAGACACUCCAGGAAUUCGAAACCAUUGCUCAAUCUGUUGAUACCGCCACAACCUCUGUUAUCCACACCCGACCUCCAUCAUCAGCCGGUGGGCAGUCCAUCCAUACCGCCAGGAGCUCUAUCAGGAGUGUCUCUCCUAGCCCUAGGGUGAGGGAUGUCAUCAAUGUGCAAGGAGGUGACCAGGAAGAAAGAGAGUUCUUGAAUCAGAGCAUCGCGCUCUCUGAAACAAGCAGUGAGGUCUUCAGGGAUUUCAACGAUACCGGAGAGAGUGUUAUAAACAGUCAGGAUACAUCGGUGUCAUCCAGCAUGAUAAGUAGCACCGAUCGUAGUCUUAGCGCUAACACCACAGUGUCAGAGUCUGAGGGGACUGAACUCCUCCAUUGGAAGAAAGGCAACCUGCUCGGGAAAGGAGCAUUUGGGACGGUAUACUGUGGGCUAACAAACACCGGUCAGCUGUUAGCCGUGAAGCAGGUCGAGCUCAGCGAGAGAGAUAAGGAGAAAGCCAAACAACAGUAUCAGAAACUACAAGAAGAAGUACAACUUCUAAAGACGCUUUGUCACAAGAACAUUGUUGGCUUCCUGGGAGUGUCUUUAGAAGAGAACAUGGUCAAUAUCUUCAUGCAGUUCAUCCCUGGAGGAUCUAUCGCAUCACUUCUGGCUAGGUUUGGAUCCCUAGAUGAAACUGUCUUCUGUCGUUACACCAAACAGAUCCUAGAAGGCACUCAGUACUUACAUGAGAAUGAUGUCAUACACAGGGACAUCAAAGGAGCCAACAUCAUGUUGAUGUCGACGGGGGUGAUCAAGCUCAUUGACUUUGGUUGUGCUAAGCGUCUAUGUAUCCAGAUCAGUCGCAGUCAGAAUGUACUCAAAUCAAUGCGAGGGACACCGUACUGGAUGGCGCCCGAGGUCAUCAUGGAGACGGGACAUGGGAAGAAAUCAGAUAUAUGGUCCAUUGGUUGUACAGUGUUUGAGAUGGCGACCCGUAAGCCCCCUUGGUCUGACAUGCCUCCCAUGGCGGCCAUCUUUGCCAUCGGUUCCGGUGGCCCCGUUCCUCAGAUGCCAGACAAGUUCUCUGAAGAUGCGAAGACCUUUGUCAAUGCUUGCCUAACAAGGAAUCAAGAUGAACGAGCUACAGCCUCAGAACUCCUCAAGCACCCCUUUAUAAAGAGAAGGAAAGAAAGAGGGAGGGAACACUAUCAGAGCAGGAUAUCCUCAACAUCUCUGGAAGACGGCCCAAUCGUCUUCAGGGAACAACCUAUCUCAAGGGACUCGGCAGAGAGCAAAGGAAGAAGGAACUAUGCCAUGCAGGAUUUCCGCUGAACGAGCGAUUGCUGCAGUAGAAGUGCUUGCGGAAUCAGUCUCAGAGAUAGUGAUAUUCUGGUAGUCACUUGAGAUAAGUUUGUGUCGUUGCGCUCUACCUGUCAAGCAGAGGUAGAAGCACGCUGUGGGCAAUUGCUGCAGGAAAAAGUGCUUGAGGAAUACAUCUCAGAGACAUGUAUUGUGUGGUCACCUGAGACAGGUCUGUGCUUCGGCAUUCUUACACCACCAAGUGGAGCAAGAAUUAUGUUGAGUGUGAGUUUCGUUUGUGAAGCAAUUGAAUUGAGGCACAAUGUUUUCAACAUUCCUUAUUAUAACCAGAGUGUGAGGAACUGCAUCUUUCUUGAGUUCCAUUGAUGAAGAGACCAUAGGUCAUUCAAUGAGUUCUGGAAGAUUUCUUUCAUUCUGGGAAAGGAUUGUACAGACAAAUGUGCGAAGGACUUAUCGGCACGUUCUUGUGGAAAGAGCUGUGCUGGAAACACCAAUGUUAAUUAUGUAUAUGAAUUUAUGAAGUAAAGGAAGCGGGGUCGUUGCAGAAACCAAGGCUGAAUUAAAUUUUUCCCUGCAAGAAGUAUGUUGGUAGAGCCAUUGCUGCGUUGACAAUCACCUGUAAGAAUCACCCUGUCACAACUUAAUAAUUAAGGUGCAGCUGAUGACAACAAAGGAGAAGACCAGUGCUUAGGGGAAAUGCUUCUGGUAAUUGAGACACCUAUUCAAAUUGUAGAACCUUUUCUUUGGAAGGGUAUUGCUUCAAAUUUCAUCAUGUUUAAAUGAAAAUGCACAGAAAUUCAGAAACUCGUGGCAGUUUCAGAAUCAAUUUCUCCAUUAUGGUCAUGAACCUAUUACUGUAAUGACAUUUCACAUGUACAAUCAUUGACAAUGUUGAUGAAUUUUGUAGUUAAAGCAUCUACCAUUCCACAUAAGUUUGAGGUUCAGCCCUUACCAUAUGUUGUCACUGAACCUGAUAUCUUUUCCUUUGUAUUUCAAAUAAUCAUGCUGUGGAAAUCAAAUGUAUUCAGAACCUUGGUAUAUGCAUGGACUUGUUUUAUAAACUUUUCUGAGCUAUGUGUAGUAUUGGCUUCAUCAAGGCUAGAUUGCACAUAUUUCUGUAUUGGAGAAUAUAUAUUUUCCUGUAAAUGAUGCAUUUUCUAGCUCUUAUCAUGUAUUCCAAUUGCCUGGCUACUAUUAUAUUCAAAUCAUUCGUGAUUCAUGUCAGUGGGCAACAGGAUAGAUAGAUUGUCAGUAAUGGGAACUUGUACCUCUAAACUUGGGGAUGUUGCACAAAAGGUCAAGAUUGACUUAAAAUCAUGCUUAAAUGCGACAUGCACAUUAUAUGAAACACACAAUCUUAUUGAUUACUAUACAGUAGGGCAUGUCCUCUGAGUUGACCAAUGAGGCAAUGUCUUCUAUACCGCAUGCAACUGGAAAUUUAAGUGCGACUCUAAGUCAAGCUUAUGUCUUUGUGAAACACCCCCCUGGACAGUGUGGUUGAGCACUUUGCCACCUGAUUGAAUCAAUCUUAUCUCAUGUUAUUAAUUGAAGGAUAACAUCCUUGCUCUGCAUUGCUACAUGUACACUAUCAACAAAGAAACUAAUUUCUCGCCAAAAGUAGAGUUACAAGUUUCCAGAUCAAUCACCUACAUAAUGCCUUGAUCGAAAACAUAAACUAAUUCAGACAGUAUUCUAUCGCAAUAAUCAUGCCUUUUGUGAUUUAACUUCUGGUAUUUUCUGGAGUUUCCGUCCAUUUUCUAUUCCAUUUUUUAUGAUGCCUUUGACGUUACGUACAACGAUUUCCAUCUGUGGUGACAAUCAUGUGAAUUUUGCUAAUAUUUAAUGUUCAAUGUUACUUGCUUUUUCAAUGCAGUGCUUACCCAUCUACUAAAGUGAGUGUGAAAUGGGUCCAAGUGAUUGGGCUUUGUCAAUAGGAAGCCUAUUCCCAUUUAAAGUUUUAAAAUGAUUUACAUGUUGGUGUGACGAUUUGGUUCUAUUUUCGCACAUUUCCGUCAAUCCUAUUUUGUGCCUUUUCGUGCUUUUAAUGUUGAAUGUCGCAAUUGCGGAUGUAGAUGACAUAGAAAAGUUACUUUCCACAAAUGGCGGAUGUAGAUGACACAGAAAAGUUACUUUCCUUAAUGUUCUGUAGUUCCUAAUCUACAGGAAUUUAGAAUGGUAAUGUACAAACUGCUAUAAGUGUUUGCUUUCUAUAGACAAUAGACAAUAGGUAGUUUUUCGCAUUUACUACGGGGAAAUUCUCUACAAUGCAUCGAUUCCUUUAAAAAUGCAAUGAAAAUCACAUUGGAGAGCCGAGAGGCUUUCAUCAAAAGUUGGAGGACUGGGACAGAUAAUCCAAAGAUUUGCUCCGGAAGAGCAAUCACUAAUAUGCCGUUGUCCCGAGUCAAGAGAUUCCAAUGCUGUCCCGGUCCACCAACUUUAGAAAAAAGCCUCUCAGCUCUAUAUUGUGAUUUUAUUUGCAUUUUCAAAGGAAUUGGUGUGUACAUUGUAGAUAGUUUCCUCCAAGGAAGUGCGAAAAGUCUGGAUUAAUUCAUAAAUAUGGUUUAAAGGGAAACCCUACCCUAAUAAAUGAUGAUUUCAUUUACAAAAAAAAACCAAAAGGUGAAAUCCUAAUAAGAAUUGGAUUAAACAUUUACAUUUGUUUAUAUGUUUCAAUCACUAUACAUGUAUUUAUGAGGAUUUCAAAUUGGCCACAUACAGUGUACAUGUAGGUAAUGAUGUAGAGUAGCUCGUAGUGACAAUUCUGAAUUUUCUCCAGUCUGUAAACUGGCUAAAAUAUCAUCUUUAACAAACAAACAAAAAAUGUUCCACUGAGAAUAAUUUGUCUAUCAUAUGAUAUCUAUGUUUAAUUCAUAUAUUUUUGGUAACUGCCUGAACAGAAAAAAACAACAAGAGAAACCCACAAUUUUCCUGAUAAUUGAGUACAUGUCAUAAGAGAGAGUACAUGUAGUCCUAAUACCUAAGUGCCAAUUUGAGAAUUACAUAGUGUAAUGGGGCUUUCUAAGAAUCUGAAGUUGCAUUUGGACUUUAGUUUCUGGCGAUGCCCCUGUCAUAUACAUGUAGUUAUAUUCCUGUUAAAUCACCCAUAACUUUCUCCUUCCUCGUGCAAUUUUGUCUUGAUUUUAUAAACUUCCACAAUUCUGGUUUUUAAUUGUAUUUUUUAAGUUCAUUUCAUGGGUUGGUUUUUCCUUAAAGUGUACCAUUCUACGUAAACGAAUCUCCGUCCAUUGAUUAGCAUGCCUUCUGACAAUCACAGAACAGAUUGAAAUAGUCUCAUCUCAUCUCAGAUGCAAGCACUCUUCUUCCAAACCACGUUUGCACCAAUUGUUGUCUUUCAAUUUUCUACGAUAAUCCAUUUUUCUACUCUCCUUUUUAUGCAAAUGUGUGAUUUCUGCAAAAGCACUGGAUUUUUUUACAAAAGGAUAUGCUCGUUUUCUGUAUCAUGUCCAACUCUCUGGAGGUAUAUGGCAAAUUAUGCAUAAAAUGAAUAUGUAUCGUAAAGGCUCAUGGAGCAUAUAGCUGAAAUUAUCAAUGUUUAGAUUUAUUGUUUGCCUAUUUUCGGAAAAUUUGCAUGAAAUUUAAUUCAUCCAUUUCCAGAUUGAUGAGUACUUUGCCUUUCACAUGAGAAUGGAAAUGCAUUAUGGUAACUUUGCCAUCCAAUGCUAACUACCAUGGUAGCAUUGAUCAACCAAUCAAAAUCAAGGAUUCCAUACAAGUUACCAUUGGAUGGCAAAGUUAUAAUCGUAACUUUUAUGCAACAUGGCCCUGAGCAUUCCACAUGCAGUAUGAUGUACUCUGAAUCUGUUUAGAAUGAUUAAAGAAACUAUCC